CCUCACUUGAAGGUCAACCGUGCAAAAGUAGAAAGCCAAAAUGCUUGGCCCUCUCAACCCCUCUCUCUCUUUUUCUAUCUCUCUCUAGCUCGGCUUUUUUCACUUCUGGUGUCCUUCUUUUGGGUCUUGUGAGAAACAACAAAAAGCGUUAAAACGUGAAGGAAUGGAUCAGUGGGAUCGUAAGGAGGAUCUUUCAAGAACAAUGGACCAUCUACUGUUAAUGAACAGGACGCUCAUGUGCCAGCAAAUGUACCAAACAAGCGGGAAGAGCAUAUGGCUCCGGGAGAACCCCCUGAAUCUCCCGACCCCGCUCCUCAUGUUUCAGCUCACUAUCAUCUUCUUCGUCAGCCGGCUCGUCCACCUCGUCCUCAAGCCGCUCGGUCAGCUCACCAUCGUGUCGCAGCUCCUCGUACGGUCCCCAUCUCUUUCGUCUAUCUUCGAUGUCCAUUCGAUGGGAGGAAUUCUGCUGGGACCCUCCGUUUUAGGCCGCAGCAAGGCUAUGGCGUCGAUCAUAUUCCCCGCGAGGAGCGAGACAAUCAUCGAGACGUUCACGAUGUUCGGCGUCAUGCUCUUCCUCUUCUGUCUCGGGGUGAAGAUGGACCCGGCCACGAUGCUGCGGCCGGGGCGCAAGGCAGUCGUGAUCGGCUCCUCCAUGUUGCUCUUCUCGUUGGUCGUCCUGCUCGUCCUGGCUACGGUCCUACAAAACCACGUCACCAUGGGCUCGAGCCUUAAAAAGGCAUUGCCGUAUGUCGCAGGCGUGCAGGCUCUGACGGGCUUUCCGGUCAUCUCCUCCCUGCUCAUCGAGCUUAGGAUCCACAACACUGACCUGGGCAGGCUCGCCAUCUCCUCGUCCAUGGUCUGCGACGUGAUAGGGAUCGCAUUGGCGGCCAUAGGGACAGGGAUCGGGGAUAGUGGUGGUCGCGCAGCGGCGUCCGGUUUAUCUAUCGCAUCAGCAGUAGCGCUUCUGCUGAUUGUUGUUUAUGUAUUUAAGCCGCUGAUAUUGCGUAUGAUACGUGAUACUCAGCCCGGGAAAACCAUCGACGAUGCCACUUUGAUGUAUGUCGUAGUGCUCGUCCUCUUGACGGGGCUCGCCGGUGAGAGCGUCGGCCAACACUAUCUCGGCCCUCUAUUCCUGGGCUUGAUCGUCCCGGACGGACCGCCGCUGGGCACGGCCAUCGAAUCGAGGCUAGAACUCUUCACAUCCAGCUUGCUCUACCCUGCGUUUGUGUCGGUGUCAGGGUUACGCACCGACCUGUUCCAAAUUCGCUAUGAGUCUCUCAGUAUCCUUUCUGCUAUGUUCGGCAUCUCCGUCCUCGUCAAAUUAGGGGUGGUAGUAUCGGCCGCGCUCUUCAGCAAGAUUCCCUUUCGAGAAGCCUUUGUUCUCGGUCUCAUCUUGAACGUAAAAGGCAUAAUUGAGCUCGUGCUCUACAACGUCUGGCGAAAUGGCCGGGUCCUAACGACUGAACUGUUUUCCCUGUGUGUAAUAUCAACUAUACUGGUGACAGGAAUCGCAACCCCUCUUGUGAAAGCCCUCUUUGAUCCUUCAAGGCAAUUCAUAUCCGCCAAACGAUCUUCGAUCCAGCAUAGCAAGCCCAAUUCCGAGCUCCGGAUUGUCGUCUGUGUCGACAGUCACGACAGUAUCCCAACAAUCUUAAACCUCCUAGAGGUAUCCCAUGCUUCGGAAGAGAGCCCAAUCGCAAUCAUGGCAAUGGUGCUGGUAGAGCUCAUUGGCCGAACCACCACCAUGCUCGUGUGCCACAGCGAUCGAGUCAUCGACUCUAGUUCAAUCACGUCUGGGCACAUUAUUAAUGCUUUCAGGAACUAUGAGCACCACCGCGAAGGGCGUGUCACGGUGGAGACGUUCACUGCCAUAUCUGAUUUCGAUACCAUGCAUGUCGAUAUAUGCCAGGUGGCCCUCGACGAGAGAGCGAGCAUCGUGAUCGUCCCGUUUCACAAGCAGUGGGCUGUCGAUGGCCAAGUAGGCAAGGUAAACCGACAUGUCCAGAUCAUGAAUCUACAUGUCCUAGAGCAAGCGCCGUGCUCGGUCGGGAUCCUCAUAGACAGGGGGAUCGUGAGGGGCACCCUUCCAAUCCUGACGAGCGAAUCCACAUUCCACGUCGCGGUCCUCUUCAUCGGCGGCCCGGAUGAUGCGGAGUCACUUGCCUAUGGUUCCCGGAUGGCAAAACACGAGAACGCCAUCGUAACGGUCAUUCGCUUCCUUCUCUUCGGGAGUGAGAACACGAAAGACCGGAGGAUCGACACGGAACUGAUCUACGAGUAUAGGCAUAUCAACAUGGGAAACGACAGAUUCGUCUAUGUGGAAGAGGUGGUGAGAGACGGGGCGGCCCUAGCUUCAUUCGUCGGAAAAAUGGUGGACGGUUACGAUCUGAUACUGAUCGGGAGGCAGCACCAGGCCUCCCCGAUUUUCAUGGGGCUCGAACAGUGGAGCGAGUGCCCCGAGCUCGGCAUCCUCCCCGAUAUGCUCGCGUCACCGGACUUUGAGAGCACGGCCUCAGUCCUGGUGAUUCAGCAACAAAGAGUAGGAGGCACUCUGCUGGCUGGCCACGCCGUGCAGUCUGCGAUCUAUCCUAGGGAUCAGGCAUUCGCUCCGACCACCGGCCCUCGGGACGAGGCAGGGAGAUCGUCAUGGAGCAUCUCCAUAGAUAAGCGAGGCAGGACUUGAGGGAAGUCUAUUUAUCAUGUUCCUUUCAGCCCUACAGAUCUAGCUACUCUAGGUUGAAUGUUGCUGUUUCCUAGUCUUCGACUGACUGUUCAAAUGGAAAGAUGGAUCAGUCAUGUUGCUCCAUCCCGGAGGAUAUAAUAUUUA